CCUCCUGCUCUUAGCCCUGUGCCUCGGUGGCUCGUCUCUGUGGGCACUAUGUUUCAGUCAUGGCCUGUGGAUACCCCAUACUAUACCAAUGCUGGAAUACAGAUCAUCCCUCCUGCGGUUUCUCAACAGCCAACAAUUAUCCAGCAACUUCCGACAGAUUUUACCCCUCCUCUGUCUCAUCCGAUCCGAUAUGGUCGUGCUAAAGAAGAUUUGAUAGAGCUGAUGAUGAUCCAGAACGCCCAGAUGCAUCAGGUUAUAAUGAACAACAUGACAAUGGCGGCUCUUUCCAGCUUUGGCUAUGGGUCUACGCCACCCACCCCCCUGCCAAAUAUCAUGCCAGUAGAAAUCGAAGAUGACGAACCAACAGUCUACCACCAUCAUUAUGAGUCAUACCCGGCCAGCUAUCCAGCAUACCCAACAUAUCCCACACUACCUCCUAUGGCGCCUGUACAUCACCGCGAGCCGACCGUCAGACACAUCAAUCAAGACACACAGCCUGUUUCACCCGCACGGAACCUAGAACGGGCAGUGCCGCCACCUCCACCCCUGAGUGCCACCAGCACAGUUGGAGCAGACAUCCCUCCAGCUUCAGAAUACUAUGACCUGACUGAAGCAAGAAUGUAAUACAUCCGGAAGACAUCUUUAAAAUAUAUAUUUCUAAUGUCUAUAUUGAGAUUCUGU